UUAAAUUACCCUCAACCAAACAAAAUAAUGAUAAAAAAACGAUGCUUCCUACACUCUUGCAAAGCCUAUCCGAAAUCCAUAUCAAUUUUAACGUUUUCAAUACCCAAAAAUCCCAAAAAACAAUUGAAAUAGAAGCAAUCAGACAAAAACCCAGAAAUCCUUGACUGUUUGUUAGGCUAAAACCGCCAAGGCAAAACCUAAAGGAAAGCUAAAUAGAUUGUAGUACAUUUUUGUUGUUUCUUCUAACAUUUUAAAAUCUGGCAACCAUAGAAGGAUUGAGGGCGCGUUCAUCGUUGAAACAAGCGAUCUUUGAUAUUAACAAUCACGACGAAGAGUGUAGGCCUUGGCGUCGUAGGUUGUCAAUGGCUUUCACCUGGGGCUCUGCUCUCAGGAUCACUCUUCUUCUUCUUCUUGUAACUGCCGUUAUUUUUGCUUGUUUCACCCUCCCUGUUGAAAAGAUUCUGAAGGAUUUUUUGUUAUGGGUUGAUAAGGACCUUGGACCCUGGGGUCCCCUUGUCCUGGCUGUUGCUUACAUUCCUUUGACAGUCUUGGCAGUUCCAGCUUCAGUGCUUACUCUUGGUGGUGGUUAUCUUUUUGGAUUGCCUGUGGGCUUCGUUGCGGAUUCUAUUGGUGCAACUGUUGGUGCAGGAGCAGCAUUCCUUCUAGGCAGAACAAUUGGGAGAUCAUUUGUAGUUUCUAAGUUGAAAGAUUAUCCUCAGUUCCGGUCAGUAGCAAUUGCAAUACGGAGAUCUGGCUUUAAGAUUGUUUUGCUGCUACGGCUUGUACCCUUACUUCCAUUCAACAUGUUGAAUUAUCUGUUGUCUGUGACCCCCGUCCCGAUAGGAGAAUACAUGCUGGCCUCAUGGUUAGGGAUGAUGCCAAUAACUCUUGCUUUAGUUUAUGUUGGAACAACUCUUAAGGAUCUUUCUGAUGUGACACAUGGAUGGAGUGAGUUUUCAACUGCUCGCUGGGCAUUUCUCAUAUCAGGACUUGCUGUGUCUGUGGUUUUAAUGGUUUGUGUGACUAAAGUUGCCAAAUCAGCUCUGGAAAAAGCAUUGGCUGAAAAUGAAGAUGUAGAUAACAUUGUAGGCUCGCCACAGCUGCCCAUUGUGGGUGAACCACCUGUGGAUCUCCACCAGCCUCUUAUAAUUAAGAUAGACUCUGCUGAAGACACCCAUGAAAAAUGAAAUGAAAUUAUUUGUAAAUUCUUCCUAUACCUUCUUCAUAAGCUGUGCUUCACAUUACGUGGGCGGUUGGUGCUUCUCACAUGUGAUACGUACAGAUUCCCUCAUUGACCAGUUUAGUUCUCGAUAGAAUUAGCUGAUUAUACAAUCGAGAUAUUGUUGGGAAUAUGUCAUAUGAGUGUAGUUUGCAUAUUGAAAUCAAUGAAGUAAUUGGUUUUUUCUUUUCUUU